AUGCCCCAUCCAAUAUUUAGCUUUUAUGGAGAUUUGAAAACUAUCGUUCAGUCAAUAUGGAAUUUGAUCACAAUUAAAAUGGGCGGUUUGAAAUUCACUCAAGAUUUUAUAGAGUACCAAGAAAGAGAACUGCAGGAUGAGACGCCACCAAAUCUUCAAGAAUACGACUUUAUUGUAGUAGGUGCUGGUAGUGCUGGUGCAACCAUAGCAGCAAGGCUCAGUGAAAUCGAUGAAGUGACAGUGCUUCUAAUUGAAGCGGGAGGCCAUGAAAAUUUACUUGUAGAUGUACCUUUACUUGCUUUAUUUUUACAGUUUGAUGAGAAUAUUAAUUGGAAAUAUCUAACUGAGCCAUCAAACGAUUAUUGUUUAGCUUUCCAAAAUCAGCAAUGUAGAGUAGCCAAAGGAAGAGUUAUGGGCGGUUCUACUACUAUAAAUUUCAUGAUUGCUACCAGAGGUACAAAAAAUGAUUACGACGAAUGGGCAACAUUGACAGAAGAUCCAAGUUGGUCUUAUGAAGAAAUGUUGAAGUAUUUUAAGAAAUUGGAAAAUUUUAAUGUUACUUUGGCUGACGUUGAUUUUGCUUAUCACGGCACCAACGGGCCAGUUAAUAUAAUGAAUUCUCCAUACUUUACUCCGCUUGGCAAAGCUUUUGUCAAGGCAGGCGAAGAACUGGGAUUUCCACCUGUCGAUUAUAAUGGACGGAAACUAACUGGAUUUAGUUACAUGCAAACCAAUCAAAUUAAUGGCGAAAGAUUGAGUACUAAUAGGGCCUACUUACACCCAAUAAAAAAUCGAAAAAAUCUUGUUCUCAGUUUACUUAGCUAUGUCAACAAGAUACUGAUAGAUCCUGUUGAAAAAACUGCUUAUGGCGUCGAAUUUACGAAACAAGGAAAAAAGAUAAAAGUUAUUGCUAAGAAAGAGGUAAUAUUAUCUGCAGGUGCAGUUGCUACACCCCAACUUUUGAUGCUAUCUGGAGUAGGACCAGCUGAGCACUUAAGAAAUUUAGGUAUUGAUGUUUUAGUAGAUUCUCCAGUUGGAGAAAAUUUAAUGGACCAUGUUGCAUUUGGUGGUUUGACAUUUUUUGUCAACGAGUCCGUAGGAAUUGUUAUUCCUGAGUACUUAAAGCCUACAAACCCAAUGAUUUCUAAUUACUUGAAUGCACGUACAGGUGAUUUUGCAACGGCAGGUGGUGUUGAAGGUUUGGGAUAUAUUAAUGUGGACGAUCUUAGUCCUGAUAAUAUAAUCCCAAACAUUGAACUAAUGUUUGCGUCGGUCAGCGCAGUUUCUGACUACUUUGUACCCUUUUCUUUCGGAGUAGAUUCUUCCUUUUGGAAAAAAUAUUUCGCCGAUCAACUUUAUCGGCAUGCAUGGACUAUUUGGCCACUUUUAAUCAAACCUAAAAGCCGAGGAAAAAUACUCUUACGGAAUACCAAUCCAAGAGAACAUCCAAAAAUCAUUGCUAAUUAUUUAUCUAAUCCAGAUGACGUACGUGUUUCUAUUAAAGGUAUUCGUAUGGCAAUUAAUGUUAGCAAAACGGAAGCAAUGCAGCGAUAUGGUUCUGCAUUAUUUGAACGACCAAUGCCAGGCUGUGAACAUAAUGAACCAGAUUCAGAUGCUUAUUGGGAGUGCGCCUUGAGAUCGUUUACUAUCACUUUAUGGCAUCAAUCAGGUACUUGCAAAAUGGGCCGGGAAGAUGACGCUACUGCCGUUGUCAAUACCAAGCUUCAGGUUAAGGGAAUAAAACGACUAAGAGUAGCAGAUGCAUCUAUUAUGCCAAAUAUUGUUACUGCACAUACGAACAUCCCAACCAUUGCAAUUGCUGAAAAAUUUUCGGAUAUACUAAAAUCCAAUUGGGGCUUCAUUACUUUGUAA